UGCGUUGUGACGUAAAAUUUAAGCGACAGUAACAUGUUUUUAAUUAACAAGUUGGCUAACGAUUAAAACUAGACAUGCAGUAAAAUAAGGAAUUAUUCACGUUGGAUAUCCAUUUGAUGACAAAAUGACUACGGCAAUAAUCUCGGCGUUGAAUGUGCUUACGAAACCUGCUGGUGAGGCAUCUGGACGUAAUGCACAAACCUCAAAGGAGGAGGCGCUUUUGUUAGCAUUGCAGGCGAACAGAGAAGUUCUCCUGGAGCAGCUGCACAGUGACCACAGUUUGCAGGAGGCGAAGGAACUGAGGAAGGAUGUGAUUGCUCACGCAAACUGGUUCUUAAAUGAUACAGAGGAUGUAAUAUGGAGCUUUGUCCAGGAGUGUCUCCUUCUGCUGCUCAGUUUAGCACGCCACCUCUCUGCUGAACUCGAGCUUUUUAAGCAGACACCUGCUCCCUCUGCUAAACUACACACCCCUGAGAUGGCUCCACCCUUACCACCAGACGUCCUCAGUUUCACUCAACAGAAAACAGUUGGGGCAGCCCUUCAGUUUGUGGUUUCUUUUGGCCUCUGCCCAUUUUUGGCUCCAGGAGUCGGUGUGCCACUGGGUCACAGGUCUGCAUUUGGCGCAAUGGUGGAAGAAAUGGUGAAUCCUCAUAGUGCUGUUAGAGCACCACACCAGCUUCUCACAACGACAACUAUCUUGUUGCGUUUAGCGGAACUGUCAUCUCUUGCCACACUGGUGUUCACCCGACACCUGGGAGAUGUGAUGGCGGCACUCUGUCAGCUUGGCUAUCAGCCGCAGAAGUCCAAGACAAGCAGCACAAAUGAUAUGCAGGAGUUCAGUGAAGAGGAACGUAGAAAUAGUCGAGAGGCUCUCCAAAGUCUUCUGGUAAAAGUGUAUCAACCAGUCGUGAUCAAGGAGCUCCUUAUUUUACAAGGUGGAGCCAAACAGUCGAGUCCAGAAGCAAGGUCCAGUGGUUCCAGAAGCAGGACAGCUCCUGGUUGGCUGAGGCGCCUUUGUGGUCAGUUACUGUCUGAGCGUCUGAUGCAACCAAAUGGAGUCCAAGCUGUAGUCAGAGCCAUCCUGCAAGGAGGAACAGGUGAGUCAGACUGGAAGAAAUGUGACGGGAUUGCCAAGAUUCUCACAGCAUGCCCGCAGCAGUCUGCAUCAGCCGACGCUUACUAUGAGCAAGUCUGUUCUCAGAUCCUCGAGCUCCUGCACCUCAAAGACACCUUCACAGCCCAACAGUUUCAGUGUGUGGCCACCAGGACAGCUCUCUACCUGAUACAAGACAAGACCAGUUUUGCUCAGCCCUACUUGCUGCUUCCUCUGUUGGGUCCUCUCUAUCACUGCAUCACUGCUGCUGAUGAUGUUCACGGCCAAGUUGCUGUGGAGGAAUGGGAGAUGACACGGUGUGUAGAGGACAUUAACAAGAUUUGGGUUAUGGGCAACAGUCCUUCGACUCGUCUUCUCGGCGCAUUAGAAGAAGUGCUUCCAGUUGUCUUCACACUCUUCUGUUUCACCAAGCAGAAUGUCUCCAACCUACGAGGCCCGUGUCAGGAUAUUUUGCUGUGGUAUCUGAGCCAUGCUGAGACCUCUGCGGUCCUGUCACUACUCAGGCAGCUCUCAGGUUUGAAGGAUCAGAAGAAUGAUGUGGCAACAGGCUUUCAUUUCACCCCUGGCAGCAAUGGUGGAGUUCAACUUAGCUGCAGAGAAGGCUGCAGUGAUGAGGAUGAUGCGCUGUAUGAAAAGCUGUCAGGGGAGCAGUGGAGGUUGGAAUGUCUGAUGCACCUGCUGGCUGAACUCAAAGACAGUGAUGUCCCUGGAGAUUUCUUCCUUGACCUGCUGCACGAGCUAACAAGCUGGGCGGCAGUGGCGGCAGAAGAAGAGGAGAAAGAUGGACAGCAAUUGGACAUAGCCUCCAUGACUCUCUUGGAGUUGGAGCAGCAGCAACAGGGUUGUGUUGCAAGGCAAAGCCACGCAUUGGCUUUGCUUCACUUGUUGGCCGUUAUGGUGGAGUCCCUUCAGCAUACGGUUGUGCUGAGAAAAAACAUACAGGUGGUUGAUUUUAUUGACUCACUGCUUCAGAGGGCAUGCAUUGUUCUGGAGAAGGCAAAUGGUGUUAUUAUUGAAAACCCAAUAGAAAACCAAACGCUGAGUAUGGGGAUGGGCCUGGUGGCAACUCUGCUCUCCGGACCCCAGCUUACUGUUGACGUCUACUCAUCAAUGUCAAGACUGCUCCGGCCGCUCGAAACUCUUUCUCAGCAACACCCAGAGGUGUUCAUCCAGGAACUGGCUUCAAAUUUAAGAGCAAUCAUUGCCACUCACGGUGCCUACCGACCAGAUAACCUCACUAGCGGUGCCUUCCCAGGUUCCAAAGACUGUCAUGUGUCACCCAAUGACAACAAUCUGCCUUCAAUGAGAAAAAAUAAGAUUGAAACUAAAACAACACAGACUUGUCCUCCAUCACCUCUGUCUCUCAACAACACGCUUCAACAAUCCCAUAUCAAACAAUCAACGUCCUCUGAGGGCUCUUUGGCAGGUGAAAGUUCACGUUCCUCGAAGGCCUUUUCUGAUUGGCUACUCGAGGCGUGUCACCCCGAUGUUCCAACCAGAGCAUUUGCCCUGAGGAACUUGACCCAAAUGGUGCGAUCCAAAGACCAAGAAAUUGUACAAGCUCAGGAGAAAGUCCUAACUCUCUUCCUUGAAAACUUGGAGCAUGAGGACUCCUUUGUCUACCUGUCAGCCAUUCAAGGACUUGCUUCAUUGGCUGAUUUCUAUCCUGAGAGAAUUCUGGAAAGGCUCCUGAAAGACUUUCAACAUGGUUCCUCGCUCUCCACAUCCAAUAAGGGCCACUCCUUGGAAUUUCGCCUUAAAAUGGGUGAAGUCCUAAUGAGGGCAAGCAGAGCUAUGGGGGAGUUGGCACCCCACAUCGGUCGUCCCCUGCUGUCGGUGUUCCUGAGAGGAACCAGAGACUCUGACCAAAGCAUCCGUGCCAGCAGUCUCUCUAAUCUGGGAGAACUGUGCCAGAGACUGGACUAUGCACUGGGUCCGCUGGCUCAGGAGAUGAGCUCCUGUCUUACUGCCUUGAUAAAGACAGAGAAAGAAGCAGAGGUGAGGAGAGCUGCUGUUCACGUUAUCACCCUACUGCUCCGAGGCCUCAGUGACAAAACCACCCAGGUCCUCAGCGAUGUUCUGCUGGACCUGUACCGAGCUCUUAAGUGGGUCGUUCGAGCUGACCCGGAUGAGGUCGCCGUGCUUCAUGCCCAGCUCGCUCUUGAGGAGCUGGACGACAUUAUGCGAAGCCUCAUCUUCCCAAAACAAAAGCUGGAGAAGAAGAUAGUUGUCUUGCCGUAAAACUUGGAUUUUUUUAUAAAUCUCUUGGCUCGUAGAGGUAGUAAAGUUGAACACCCCAAAUAAUCAGUCCCCCCAAAAUCAAAUGGUGUAUAGUAUUAGUUUGUGUUACAGUGUGCUCAUAACAAAACCAAAUAUUCAUGAUAUGUGUAACACAUUUUAAAAACUAAAAAUAAAUCAGCACAGGUUCCAUGACUUAUCCCUAUUUAACAUGGGACAUUUCAAGCUGGAUUUGAAUAAAUUCCCCAUGGAAUGAUUGAAGACACCGUAUGUACCAGAAAUGGUCCGCCUCACUUGACAUAAAGGACUACAAGAGAAUUGAUCUGCUUAACCGGCCGGCUUUGAGGGGCGUCAACCCCCACUGUGUUUGUAACAAAUCAAUUCCUUUGUACAAUAUUCUAAUUGGUCUUGUUUCUCCAACUGGAUGCCGACUUUGUUUGAAAAUCAUGUAAGUAAUCCAUUAGAAAUUAAUUUUGGAGUAUUGUCAUACAUAUAGACUGAAUUAGAAGGUAGGGGUGGUUGGCUCGAAAUAAAUACACCCAAAUGACCUUCGGGGUUUGAACAGGAUCUGAUUCAAGAGGCAUUCCUUCUUUUGUCCUUCAUCAUGCCUCUCAUCCCUCCAGCACAGUGCAUGAAGCAUGACCUCCCCCUCUUCCCCCUCAGAGGGCAAACAUGGCAGACCAGCCUGGUUUCCAUGGAUAUUCUCUUUAAUACGGAGUCAAGGUAUUGCAGUGGUGUGAGGUGCUUUACAAAUCUCUUUGUUGAGUGAUUUAGGCCUCUCCAGGAAUAUCAUGGAACUGGCAUCUUAAUCAAAGAUGUGUUUAUUCUGGAAUUAUAUAUUAUUUCGUGAAGAACAAAUACAACAUAGACUCCCCCCUUUCACCAAGGGGUUGUGCAAUUGGAGGUGGGGGGGGGUUGAUUCUGAUAUUUUCCAUUCGUUUAUAAUCAGCAUUAGAACAAAAGUGGUCGAACAAAAUGAAGCCUUUUCUCCCCAUUGGACUCUUGAGUUGAUUUCAUAUUCAAAAUGGUGCAUUGCUGCCAUCUAUUGGUUGUUGUGCAUCAAUAAAGUAGUUUCCAAGUUUGAACUUUGCAGUGGAGCACCAUCAGAUUCUCCUUCACCAUAGUAAUUGGCAAGUUUACACGUCAAAGGCAGUCAAUCUGGGGUUUGGCUAGAUAGACGUUUUAACAUUUUAUGCUUCCAACAAUGCACAAAUUAAUGUCCAUAAAUGCAUAAUUUGAGUAGUGUGGAAAAAAAUCCCCUUAUUUAACAUUGGUGACCUUUAAGAUGUUCUCCGUGAAUGAACAAAAUGUUGCCCAAUUUUGUACUAAGGUGGUGAACAGGGAACGUUUUGCAGUUCAAGCAAGGAUGUCUGAACUUUUUUCUUUGUGGACUCCAUAAACUAAAGACUCCAGGGACCAUUUGAAAAAUAUUUAUUAAACAUGACAAAACCAAGCCACCAAGUGAUCAUGUUUUGUUUUUCAUUACUUACUCUUAAAAACUGCUGCAUUGCAGAUUUUAUUUUUUUUUAAAGUAGUAAUUAGGCAAAUAGUUUGACAAUGUAGAUUAUCUUUAAUCUGGAAGGAUUUUACCUUUUACUUGUUUUUCUGCUAUUUUGUGAUUUGAUAAACCUUUACUAUAGACAGUUGCAAGCUGAAUAAAAAGAUAUGAAUAAGCCCCUUGACCACCUUCAUUCACACCCUAAUCCAAACACGCAUUCCAUAUUCCAAAUAUUUUAUGAACUGUGUCAAUGUUGAUGGAAGAUUAAUCUUUGUAAAUGUUCUUAGGUGAUGAGAAGCUUUUCGCCUAUGAUUCUUGCUAUUAAGAAAGACGAGUGACAGCAUUAAAAAA